UAAUAUCUGACGCCAGCCACAGGAAGUACAGACUCAACAGCAAUUACUUUUCGGAAACUUUUACCAACGUGAAUCCACUAUAAAGACUUUUACAUGUAGCGAAAUCUAUUUUUAUUUUUAAUCCAUUUUUGUCAGAGUUUUAUCUUAUUGCGUUCGACUUCGAAAUACUGUCAGCGGUUCAGACCAGGGUCUUGUGCUUUGUUUGUUUACAUGGUGAAACAGAUGUCAAGCUAAUGGUAGCAGUCUAGCUUGGCAGUAAAUCGAGUCAUAUGAGCAGGUAAUUAAGCUGCUCCUUCGUCCUCUCUGAUGGAACUUAACAUUUGUGAAAGAGCCAGCGUGCAUUUACACUGCUGAAGGGUUGUUUUAGGUCUCGGUGAGCCGGUGAGAGUAUAACAAUGCGAAGCUAACGUUAGAUGUGUCGAGCAUUAGCAGCGUUUCUUGAAAUUGUUUUGUCACUGAACCUGCGGCCACUGUGAAAGGCCUGACGGCGUCUUCAUGUCAACAUGCCUUGUUCCUGUGGGAGCUGGAGAAGAUGGAUUCGGCCGCUGGUCGUUGUGCUGUAUAUAUUGUUGCUGUUAGUCGUCCUGCCCUUGUGCAUCUGGGAACUGCAGAAGUCAGAGGUUGGCACUCAUAAUAAAGCAUGGUUCAUUGCUGGGAUAUUUGUCUUCAUGACCAUACCCAUAUCAUUAUGGGGCAUCCUUCAGCAUCUGGUUCACUACACUCAGCCAGAGCUUCAGAAACCUAUCAUUAGGAUAUUAUGGAUGGUCCCAAUCUACAGCUUGGACAGUUGGAUUGCAUUAAAGUACCCUGGUAUUGCCAUCUAUGUGGACACAUGCAGAGAGUGCUACGAGGCCUACGUUAUCUACAACUUCAUGACCUUCUUGCUUAACUACCUGGAAAAUCAGUAUCCCGACCUGGUAUUAAUGCUAGAGGUCCAGGAGCAGCAGAAACACCUGCCCCCUCUCUGCUGCUGCCCGCCCUGGCCAAUGGGAGAAGUUUUACUGUUGAGAUGCAAAUUGGGAGUGUUGCAGUACACAGUUGUGAGACCUGUCACCACAGUGAUUGCCCUGAUCUGUCAGCUGUGUGACGUGUAUGAUGAAGGCAAUUUUAGUUCCACAAAUGCCUGGACAUACCUGGUCAUCUUCAACAAUAUGUCCCAGCUGUUUGCCAUGUACUGCCUGGUGCUGUUCUACCGGGCUCUGAUAGAGGAACUGAGUCCAAUCACACCAGUGGGAAAAUUCCUGUGUGUCAAAAUGGUGGUGUUCGUCUCUUUCUGGCAAGCCGUGGUCAUUGCUUUGCUGGUGAAAGUGGGCAUCAUUUCAGAAAAACGGACGUGGGACUGGCAAAGUGUGGAGGCUGUAGCUACCGGCUUACAGGACUUCAUCAUCUGUGUGGAGAUGUUUCUGGCAGCCAUUGCCCAUCACUUUAGCUUCACCUACAAGCCUUACAUCCAGGAGGAUGAAGAAGGUUCUUGUUUUGACUCUUUCAUGGCAAUGUGGGACAUCUCUGAUGUCAGAGCAGACAUUUCUGAGCAAGUCCGCAAUGUUGGGAGAACAGUUAUGGGUCGUCCAAGGAAGUCAUACUUUGGCGAGGCGGAGAAUGCUGGUGAGCGAUCUGGCCUGCUUUCUUCUGCCUCCCAAGACGCCAUCACAGAGGCUGCAUCCAACCCAGUGUCACCUAAAGGUCAAUACCAGGGCCUGGGCAGAACCCCCGCGCCACACUCUUUGUCAGCCCCCGCUGGGCUUAGUGCUGCCUCUUGGGAUGAAGGAUGUGAAGCUACACCUGAAGAAGAAAGGACCAACCAAACCAAAGAACCAGCAGAGGCAGAUCUCAUCGUGAUAACCUAGCCCAUCGUUAAGGCUGAUGUCAGCAACAGAAGGUACCAACCAUGGUUGUGCGGGACCUAAUUACAGCCCCGCCACGUUCCUUCAGACAUUACUGUUCGGAUGCAACAUUAAGCAAAAUUGUUGUUUGAAAGGGCACAUCAUCAAAGUAAUAAGUGAGUUUGCCAAACAAAUGCAAAACCAGAUGGACCUCUGCUGGUGACAGCUCUACGAAUGUUCAGUACAGUCAUGGCACGAAAUCAUUUGUAGAUAAUCUUAUAGAACAUUUUAUGCCGUUUUGUUGUACCAGUGAAUAAUAUGGCUCAGUAGACUCUAGAACUGUUUUUAGUUCUUUGUAAUUGGACUCUCAAUCAAUUUUAAUUUGCAUCCCAAAGAGAACCCGGUCUGCACUGAGAUGUUCCUGAAGAUGAGACACCACAUUAAGUCUUCUGCAGUCAGAGCGACUCAUUGCAUGUGUAUAUUUCCAAAUGAUAAGGGUAUAAUGAUUGAGGUGAUCAUUACAAUUUUUGUGUCAUACCGUGAUCUCAGAUGUGACAGAAGAGAAAUAUGCAACUUUUAAAUUACAGUUAUUACUGCAGGCUGCGUUAUUGUUUGUAGUGUUUUCAACUCUUAAGUGAAAACGAAUAAUGAAAAUACACUAAAGCACAUAAGAUGUCCACAAUCGUCUACUCUUUCGUCGUAGCCUGCAGAAGAUGUAUAUUCUGGUGGGAGGGGAGUUUGGGAUGCACAGUCAAGAGUAUGUUAGAGCUACGCCUGCUGAAAGGCAGGUCUAAACUGACACUGUAACGUCACUACAGAGUCAAUAUUAAUACAGUAUUUCUAAAGGGUUUCAGUAGGUAAUAUAAGCACUGUUUAACUAUUAAAGCAAUGUACAUAAUUCAGUCUGAAACUGUACAAUCAGCACAUUCUAAUUCAUAUGUCUGUACUAAACUGCAUACAGUUCACACUGUAGUUUGGUCACUAGUACUCUCAGUUGCCUUGUUCUAUGUGUGGUGGGACUAGUCUAUCCACUACAUCAGUUUAUAUUCCGGGGUCCGUUCUUCUUUCAUUAUUAGCUAUUAUUCAUCUUAACUGAUGAGACAUUCUCCGUUAUUUUUAACCUGUGAGCUUGAAUAACUUUGCAGCUGUACUGCGCCUAAGCCAUUUGCUUUUCCCCAUGGAUAUAUAUAUAUUUUUUUGAGUUCUUUCAUCAUUGUGACUUCCAUGGAUUUGGGCAGGGAUAUUGACAUGUUUUCAAUGUACAGUGUAGGGUAUCAAUUUGUGUCAGAUUAUACACAAGUGUAUCAUAUGAACAGCAUCAUGUCCGGCAUUGCCUUAAAGGAUUUUAUUUUUCUAAAUAAAUCUGACACGAUUAAAUGUUCCACAUUUUAAUUCACUUGAAUCUCUGACAGUCUCCUCAAUAAACCAGAUUAACUACA